AUGAGAGAGAAAGGUAGUGAGAGAGUGCUUUUUAAGGCUAGUGAUUCGACUUCAUCCAUCAAUCCUGGAGAUGGAGAAAGUGCAGCUCGUUCGAUUGAGGAGGAAGAUGUCCUCGCACGUAGUACCAAAAAGCUAGAUGAAGAUGUGAUCAUGCAAGGUACAGAAACAGAGACUGAAGCGAAACAAAGGGAAGAAAAGUCGAGAACUCAGCAGGACGUAACUGACUCCCGUCCGAAACAAAUCUCCUAUAAGGCGAAGUUGAUUGGAACAGAGGAUAAGAAACGCGAUCUAGACUUUGAAGAACAGUUUCAAGAAUGGCUGAAAGAGGAAACUCAAUGUGCACCACAAUGGACUGAGGAACAGCAAAAAAUAAUCGAUACACUCCCUACUGUCAAAGUACCAGAUGAAAGACUCAAAGAACUAUGCAAGCCAUGGAAAGACGCACUGAUUUUGACACUGAUGGGGAAGAAGAUGCGGCUGGUGGAAUUACGAGUUAAACUGGCUAGAGUGUGGGGUACGUAUAAUUUUGAACUCAUUGAUUUCGAAAACAACUACUUCACUUUUCGAACAGAUAGCAUUGAGCUGUACCGAAAGGUUCUCAGUGAUGGACCUUGGGUAAUCUCAGGACACUGUCUUGCGGUGCAAAGGUGGAGUCCGAAUUUCAACCCAUUCACAAAUCAGAUUCAAAAGAUUGCUCUCUGGAUUCGGGUGCCUGUUCUAUCCAUGCGCUGUUAUAAUGAAGAGUUCAUGUGGGAGACCGGUAACAUGAUAGGGAAAGCUCUGAAAGUUGAUAUGAAUACCCUUGCUCAAGUGAACCAAAAAAACACCGUGGAGAGAGGAAGAUAUGCCCGAGUAAGUGUAGAAGUUGAUCUGACGAAACCACUACAUUCUCGCUUUAUUAUUAGAAGGAAAAUCUUUACGCUCAUUUAUGAGAGAAUUAGUGUCAUCUGUUUCAACUGUGGCAAAGUUAGACAUAAGAAUGAAGACUGUCCCAUGAAGACUCCUGAAACUGGGCAACCGGUAGGAGAAGAGAAAAAUCAAUCAACAACACCAAAAGAGCAGAAACAAACACCAUCCACCUCAAGGUUUCGCUAG